GAAUAACGCAAAGGCCACCAUACUCGGCCUCCCCUUCCCCUCGUUCAGCGUUGCCCGGUACCGUCUGCCCAAGCUGGUCUCCUUCACCCCCCUCCACCUCAUCAUUCCCCUCGUUCUCAUCCUCCUGCGCGUCGGAUACGUCCAGGCUAAGCGGUUGUAUUCUCCAAAGAACGAACAAGGGAUGAGUUAUGUCGUAAAGUGGGGGCGGGAGAGGUUGCACUUUCCCCUCCCCGACCCUUCAACUAAGUUGUCGUACAUCCGCCGCCAAAUAGCAGAUUACACUCACCUUCCCGAGGAUUCAUUCAAAUUGGUUCAUGGAGGAGCGGUUAUGAAGGAUGACAAUGCUCCUCUCUCAGCCUACUCAAUCCGACCCAAUUCCACGAUCGCGCUGAUAGGCGGCGAGCCCCUCCCGACACCGCCAAAAUCCUCCAAAUCUUCGAAACCCGACAAGAAUGAGCCCCGUACCGAACAGUCCACCCUCGCCCAGAUCCGCGCCGAGCGGCAAGGCGUCCAGAACGGGCUCGCGAAAGAAGUUGAUGCCUUCGUGGCCAAUCUCCCUCCGACGCCACCACAGCAGGAGCAGGUGAAGACGAUGCAGCCGACACAUGCGCGCCUCUCGGAGUUGUUACUGCAGUCGCUAUUGCGGCUAGAUGCGAUUAAUGCGGAGGGGGGAUGGGACGAAGCGAGGAAGGAGAGGAAGGAGGCGGUGAAAGAGGUGCAGAAGGUAUUGGAUAGACUGGAUGGGGCGUGGGCGGGCAUUAAAGGGAGAAGAUGAGAUAUGCAGGAUACAUAUGGUAGAGGAGGAUACGGUGAUGGUGUGAGUGAUUGUACUUCAGACCAGACUAGAUUAUUCAGGGUGUAGACGGGAUAACCGCUUUCUGACCCACUGCCACUUCGCCUAUUCCUUCUGUGAUCCCCUUUCCGUCUAUGCACGAAAUGCGCUAUUCAAGUGCAGGUAACCAUAUCUUUGCUAUGCGUAG